CGCACAUCGAGAAUCGCCGCUCAGUGGCACCGCUGUCCUCCCUGCUUGUUGGCCGCAUCUCGUGGAGUGGGAACUGGAGGAGGAGCUCGAGGAACGACCCGGUAAACUGCGCCUAUAUCAACCCCCCCGACGCGUGGGGGGGGAUUUGUGGAGGUGGUACGCGCACCUCGAGGGAACUGGAUAAAGUAAAGAGCGCACGGAGCUGCUGCGAACAAUGUUUGCAGCACACUAGCGGAUAUUGGAAUUACGAUCAUAAAGAGGACAAAAUAGCAUCACAAGAGAAAUUAGAAUUCUUGUCUUCACAAGGAGAGGAUUCCAUUCACAAGUAAUUGGAUGAAAUUCCCAUCAGCGCUCUGCAAAUAAAGAUGAUGUUGCCAUGGAAACAAAUUGUUCUGCUAUCAAUCACAGGAUGCCUUGCAGCGUUUACAGACGAUGUCGUAUUUCAAGGGCCGAGAUUCAGGAUAGAGCCAAUUGACCUCAUUUUGCCGAUCAACUCCCCCAACCAGCAGGCCACCAUUAUGUGCGAUGCAGAAGGGAGCCCUACUCCACAGUACAGAUGGUCACUAAACGGAACACUCAUUGAUCUUGGGAAUGACUACCGGCGUCACAUGUCUGGGGGCAGCCUGAUCAUUAGCAACCUGGACAAGGACCAAGACUCUGGGCUAUACCAGUGUAAAGCCUUCAACACGAGGGGUUCCAUCCUGAGCAGAAAGGCUAGCAUCCAAUUUGCAUAUCUUGACAACUUCAAAACGCAAACAGUGAGAAGUACAGUCAACGUCCGAGAAGGUCAAGGAGUGGUUCUCUUAUGUGGCCCACCAGCACAUUCUGGAGAACUGACUUUUGCAUGGAUCUUCAAUCAAUAUCCCCACUUUGUCCAACAAGACAAUCAUCGGUUCAUCUCACAGGAGACUGGAAGUCUGUAUAUAGCCAAAGUAGAACCCUCGGAUGUGGGCAACUACACUUGUGUGGUUAACAACACCAUCACAAAGGAGAGGGUGUUAAGCUCCCCAACCCCACUGGUUCUCAGAAGUGAUGGAGUAAUGGGAGAAUAUGAACCUAAAAUAGAAGUUCAUUUCCCUGACUCGAUUCCAGCUGCAAAGGAAUCACUUGUGAAACUGGAAUGCUUCGCUCUAGGAAACCCUGUCCCAGAAAUAAGCUGGAGGAGAACAAGUGGAGUCCCUUUCCCAAGUAAAGUAAAAAUGAAAAACUCAAAUGCUGUUCUGGAGAUACCAAAUUUCCAGCAGGAAGAUGCAGGAACGUAUGAGUGUAUUGCAGAAAAUCGACGGGGCAAAAAUGCUGCACGAGGUCGUAUUUCAUUCCAUGCUAAACCUCACUGGUUCCAGACAAUGGCAGACACAGUUCUGUCCAUCCACCAAAAGCUGUUCUGGGAGUGUAAGGCGAAUGGAAAGCCGAAACCAUCAUACAGCUGGCUGAAGAAUGGCGAGCACGUGAUGUCAGAGGACCGGAUACAAAUCGAAAAUGGGGCCCUGUCCAUAGCUGCAUUAAACCUGUCAGAUUCUGGAAUGUAUCAGUGUGUAGCUGAAAACAAACAUGGAAUUAUUUAUUCCUCUGCCCAACUAAUGGUGUUAGCAUCACCUCCCAGUUUCUCCAAAAGUCCAUUAAAGGCCGUACUAAAAGCUCGCUUAGGUAGUGAAGUCACUCUUGAAUGCAAGCCCCAAGCCUCGCCCCCAGCAAUUAGCCAGUGGAAAAAGGACAAUGAGAUGCUGCAGAGAAAUGAAAGAAUUACACUGUUUUCCAGUGGAACAUUAAAGAUUACCAACGUAACCAGAAGUGAUGCAGCCAGCUAUACAUGCAUUGCUAAGAACCAGUUUGGGUCAGCAAGCACCACCGGGAGGCUACUUGUUACCGAGCCAACCCGAAUUACUGUGAGGCCCACAAACAUUGAGAUUAUUGUUGGCGAGAGCAUCGUGUUGCCGUGCCAGAUUGCCUGCGAUCCAGCUCUGGAUGUCUCUUUCUCAUGGGCAUUUAAUGGCCAGCUCAUCGACUUCCAGCAAGACAGUGAUCAUUUUGAGAGAGUGGGCGGGAGUAUAUCAGGGGAUCUGAUGAUUCGUAACAUUCAACUGAACCAUGGAGGCAAGUACGUGUGUGUUAUUGACACUGAGGUCGAGAGUCUGUCCACCUCUGCCAUCCUGGUUGUCAAAGGUCCACCAGGCCCUCCAGACAAAGUAACAGUAGAGGAAAUCACAGACAGCACGGCACAGCUUUCCUGGACUCCUGGAAGGGACAACGGCAGCCCCAUCACCGGUUAUAUCAUCCAGGGUCGGACGCCUUUUACUGUGGGCUGGCAGGCUGUUGAGACGGUGCCUGAAAUGGUAAAUGGUAACACACUGACUGCGACAGUAGUGGGUCUAAACGCUUGGGUGGAGUAUGAGUUCAGAGUAGUGGCACGCAAUAAUGUGGGCCUUGGCGAGCCCAGUCCAGCCUCGGCCAAAACCAGGACAGAGGAUACCAUUCCUGAUACAGCUCCCACUGAUAUCGGAGGUGGGGGCGGCACAAAGUCUGAAUUAGUGAUAACAUGGGAGCCUGUGUCUGAGGAAUUGCAGAAUGGUGAAGGGUUCGGCUACAUCAUCGCCCUCAGGCCAGUGGGCAAAGUUACUUGGACACGAGCCAUCAUCUCCACACCCGGCGUUGCACGUUAUGUCUUCCACAAUGACUCCAUCCCACCAUUCUCUCCUUUUGAUGUGAAAGUGGGAGCUUUCAACAAUCGAGGGGAGGGGCCCUUCAGCUCUAUCGCCACAGUGUAUUCAGCAGAGGACGUCCCCAGUGUGGCUCCUAAGAGGGUUAUACCUCGGAUUGUGUCUGCAACACAAAUUGAAGUGAUCUGGGAAGCUGUUCCAGCCAGCCCUGAAAGAGUGCUUGGAUAUGAGGUCAUGUACUGGGAAGACGACACCAAGCCUGACACUGUUGGCAAAGUCCGCAUAGCAGGAAACUACACCGUUGUUAACAUCACGGGGCUGAAUGCGAACACGGUGUACUAUCUUGCAGUGGCUGCCUGCAACACGGCUGGCCCCGGGCCGCAGUCGGUGCCUAUCAACAUCACCACAAAGAAACCACCGCCUGAUCGGGCACCUCUCAACAUAAAGUGGUCCAUGAUUGGGUCCACACUCUCACUGCAUUGGGAUCCUGUUGUAGCUGUGGAGAAAGAGUCAAAAGUCACUGGAUAUUUAGUGCUGGUGAAAAAACAACGUUACAAUGACAUGAACUAUUUUGUCACCAAUAAAACCUCUAUGGAGCUCAGCCUGUCCAGCAAUGCCAACUAUCUUAUUCAGAUCAAGGCCAUGAGUGAGGGAGGUGAAGGUGUAGGCAGUGAACCCAUCCACAUCCACAAAUUAAGCAUGGGAGCACGGGGUUCAAGGGCAUCCUGUUUCAACCCAUUCAACCUAUUUGCAGCACUCAUCGGUGUACUGGUUUACUUUAUCUGGUGAUGUCUAAUCAGAACCUCCAGCGCUCCCGACAGUCCGUUCAGUCUGCCUGUCCGAAUGUUAUCCCUCCUCUGGAGGGCCCAGGGUUCAGCGAUAGGACUUGGGAUUCCUUAAAAGGCGCAACUGUUAAAGAGUCCAUAUCAGUAAAGACUACAAGAAAAGGAUGUAACAAUUUUAGUGCAUGAUACCUUACAAUAUUUCAUCUGGAGUUAUAAGUGCCACCAUGCUGCUUCAUGACAACAACAUGACGUAUCCCACAUUUCUAUAAAAGAUACGACUGCCUUAAAAUAAAUUUUACACAUGCACUCUGUACCAAAUUAGGAAACAGAGUAUGCUUGUGUGGUGAAAUGUUUAAUUUUGGUGCAAUGUAUUUUCUCAAGGACAUCCUGUCCAUAAAGAUUAGCCCGUUGUCAUUGGUUGCAUUUGAAUUCAAUUGAAUUCAAAAUUCAAUUUCAUGAGCAAACAGUCAAACCAAAUUCAUUUCACUCAAUCAAAUACAUAGACAGUACUUAUUUGAGCGAAAGACCAAUUCAAUUACCAUUUUUUGUUAAUGGAGCAAUUGUAAUUGCUAAGUGAUCAGCUAUGCCUCACACCAUCAUAUUUCUGGAUUCUUAAAUAAUAUUCCAUCUGUUGUCUAGCCACAGACUUUUGAGCGCCAGGCCCUCUCUACAAUACCCUGAAAGAUGUCACAACUUUCUCUCCAUCUAAUACCCUUAAAUAAUAAAUAUCCAUCACACUCGGCUUUCUCAGUCUGGUGAAAAGGUUGGUUUUCACAGAGAGAUGUGCUACCAUGUCAAACAAAUCCCGUGUGUAUUGUUCUUCUUUUAUUUUUAGAUGACCUACAAUAUGUUCUAUAUUACACAAUGACUACACACCAUCGACGAUUGCAUGGCCCAGUGUGCAAUGGAAUAUACUAAUGACAGUGCCUUCACCAGAGCGCCAACUAAAAAUGUAUUUCAGUUGGUCAGACAUUCAAAUUUCAGAAAAGUAAUAGUCCGCUUUUUCUCACAAAUAUAUGGAAAUUUUACAGAAAAAUGGGGGGGAAGCUUCAUACUUGGAAAUUGUAUACUGUAUAUUGACCAAAUUUAUUGAGAUAUGUGAUAUGUGGUUGCUUUGUUAAAUGAAGAAGAUAAUGUGGGUCCAAUAUAUAGGGUGUUGGGUCCAAAAUAUAUUGGGCUAUUUUGGCAACAAAACUGACAUUGCCCUGCCUGCAAUUGGAGUAAAAAGCAUGGCUGCCAUUUUACCAAUCACUUCAUACCCGAAUAAAUUGCGAGACACGAAAUUGAGCAAGUUUCUCUCUGCAUUAAUUCAAAAGCCACCGAAGUAAGAGUUGAAAAGUAAUAACUGGAUUCUUGAGAGUGCCUGGAUGGAUGUGGAACGAUACAGCCAAUUGCUAGACAUUAUCGUGUCUUUCCUGAACAUAGGACAGUGCACAGGCAUCAGCUGGGAGGUUACCAUCAUCUGUAGUUUUGCACUCUCCCGCCACUCCCAAAGUCAAACAAAAGCACAAGGAACUGAUGCAAGGUGACUGCAUGUCCCCGCUGAGCCGUCUGAACAGGUGUGCAGACCUCAAACGCCUCAUAAAAAGUCUAAAAGGCCGGCAUAAUAAGGCCUGUUCUGUCAGCUACCUGACUGGUUUCAUAAAGCUGUGCGCGUGUUACUCCAUGGAAUAUUGAUUUUUCUGUUCUAUUAUUAAAGCUUUCAUUUUUUUCAGUUACCUGGUUGAUUGAUGGCCUCCUUCUUAUUGUACUCAUUUUGUUAUUUGCCGUCAAUGAUGUCCGUCGCAAGUUCACUACCUGGCUCUUAUAGUGUUUUUGUCUGUAUUUGUGUGAGUGUACAUUGACUAUAUAGUUUUACAAUAAACACGUUUUCUUAAAACUUUUUUAAAAAGGAAUUAGAGUGCAGUGAUUUACAGUGUUUUUUCUGAUUUAUUGAGUGUUACAAGUCAAUCUUCAAACUCCAUUGCUCGUGGUUUACUGUGUUUCGUCACAAAUGUGAUGACUUUAUUUCUAAAAACCUACAUUCCUGGACACUUCAAAAGCUAAAUUCUAUGGUGAAAUUCCUGAAAUUCAGAAGAAGUCUUUCCUUUGGGUGACACUUUCUGGUGUGUGACUGGGUGUUAAAGUAACUUCUUUCAGUAUUUUUCGAUUCCAGAUAUAUAAAGCUCAUCCAGAAAUAGUUAACUUAAAGGGUUAGUAUUUACCUCCCCCAACAUGUUUUUGAUGCAUCUUUCUGCUGUUCUUUGUUGUAGUGAGUCAUCACUCAACUGGUGAUCCUUUUCUGUUGCCCAAAAAACAUAUAUCUCCACUUCCAAUCAAUGAUCAAUGCUGUAUAUUACUACAUAAAAUAUGAAAUCACACACCUGUGUUUUUAAUUAAAAAAAUGUUUUUUUUUAAAGUCAACUGCCUUGACAGAGGUAUGCACAAGCUAACGUUCUCUCUAGUUUCAAAAUGUUAUAUCAUUGAGUGAUUGUAAUUUCUUACCAUUGUCUAAGCUCACAGGUUUAUGUUCCUGGCCUGGUGUUUUGAUGAAUGUGUUAAACGUGAUGUCAACAAAAUGAGAUAACCUGUUAACAUAUUGUACGACUGUCCCCAUUCUUGUUAAUGUGUAACUUCAAAGUCUGAGGUAAGAAAGUUACCAUAUAGAUUCCCAAUAUGUGACACCACGGCAAUCAUUUCUGUCUGUUAAUUUUUGAAGCCAAGUGCAUUCUGCUGAAAAAGAUAUGAAUUUUUGUGUUGGUAGUAUGUAGUACAAAAAGUUUGUAGUAGGCCUUAUAUCAGACGGAAAUUCCAUACAUCAACAGAAAAGUGUCCAGAUAUCAAAAAGCAGCAAUUUUUUUUUUUUUCAAAAGAAUAAUAGGUUGAAGUGGUUGUUGCGUGAAAGUGUAUUUCCUACAAUGUAAAUACUUGCAUAUAUUUUUAAAAGUAGGGGCACCCAAGGCAACCUUAUUGCUCUUAUAUAGUGUGUUCUCCAGCCUAAUACUGCUGUAUUAAUCAAUAAUCUCUGUGAGAUAUGGACAUGUAGAUUUGUAUUUUCAUAUUGAAAAGUAACUGUUUUGUCUUAUAUACUAAAAUUGUGCAUGGUAAUCAUUGUUUGUGAAUUUGUGUUGGAUUUUUCUAAAACAUAACAAUAAAAUUGCUUAUCCCCUGCCA